GAGGGAAGGAGGAGGGCGGUGUGUGUGGAGACGUAAGGAGGAGAAAAAAUCUAGUAAACCUGACAAAGCGUCUGAGUAACAGAGUGAAGACUGUCGGCGGAAGAAGUAGACGCGAGAGACGCUCGUUUCACCGAGAGGACGCACAUUCACGGAUUUUACGAGGUGUUUUUUUCUCCUUGCAGUGGACAACUAUUCUCUUCUGCCCUUUAGAACUCGUCCCACGUACGUGGUAGCUGCAAACUUUCUGUUGAGUUGACAAGUGCGCUGUUCGGGGAACACUGGGCAGUGUUUUGCGCUUUGGAAGAAACUUGGUGACGAGAGGUGGAAAGUUUCGAGGGGGGGGGACAGCGAUAUGGUUUUACGAAGUGUUUUGGAAGGAUAACGCGUGUAAACCCGGAUUUCUGUGCAUGGCAUUGGUCUACGCUGUCAGUCGGGUUUGGAAUAUAUCUUCAGAUCCGAGCUGAUGCCGGCUGAUUGUGGAAUAGUAAGCUGAAGAAAGAAAAAAAAGCCAGCGCCUCGAUUUUUUUCCCUUUUUUGCCGCUGCAUUGUAUUAUUGGAGACAUUCCUCCCUCUGGAUUCAGCUCAUGCUCUCUCCUCCCUUAUCUGUGCAUGCCAAAACAGAGAUCUCCACGAUUUUAGUCCUCCCUGCCCAGGUGAUUGGGUGAAUUCCGGUGAGUGACAGGCCAACCCUGCAGCAGUUGAUGGUUGGGCGGACCCCCUCAGAUGGGAUCAGUGUCCAGGGGGAGGUGGAGAAGGGGGGUAUGGGGAGCGCUGUCCCCCAAUAGCGGGAUGGCCUCGUGGGCCUGGCUCCUGGCCGCUGUCCUGCUGUCCCUUUUGACUGUCAGCGUGGCCCGGCCGCCCCUUACUGCCACCAAGGGGGAGGCCACUCUGGAACCUGAAGAGGCGUCGAACAAAUACCAAAUUUCUAAGCCCACGGUGUGCUCAGUGCACCCGGGGGAAGUGCUGAAGCUCAGCUGCCCUCUGCCAGGGACGGGGACCAUCACCUGGACCAAAGAUGGCAGCUCUCUGGGCAGCAACAACCGCACGCUGAUAGAGCAGGAGGUGCUGCAGAUCCGUGACACCACGCCCAAGGAUUCGGGCCUGUACGCCUGCACCAGCGUGGGCAAAGACACAGUCUGCUUCAUAGUCAAUGUCACAGAUGCCAUCUCGUCGGGGGAUGAUGAGGACGAUACAGAGCGAUCGGAGGACACUGGGGCGGAUGGAGAGCAGUUAAGCGCGCCGUAUUGGACCUCAUCAGCAAAGAUGGAGAAGAAGCUGCAUGCGGUGCCAGCUGCCAACACAGUCAAGUUCCGCUGUGCUGCAGGAGGCAACCCCAAGCCCAAGCUGCGCUGGCUUAAAAACAGCAAGCCUUUCCGCCAAGAGGACCGCAUGGGAGGGUAUAAGGUGCGUAGCCAACACUGGACCCUGAUCAUGGAGAGCGUGGUGCCGUCCGACAAAGGCAACUACACCUGUUUGGUGGAGAACGAGUUUGGAUCCAUCAACCAUACCUACACCCUGGACGUAGUGGAGCGGUCUCCUCAUCGGCCUAUUCUUCAGGCCGGCCUCCCGGCCAACACCACUGUCCACGUAGGAGAGGAUGCCCGUUUCGUUUGCAAGGUCUACAGUGAUGCGCAACCUCACAUCCAGUGGCUAAAACAUAUCACUCAAAACGGCAGCCGCUACGGCAUAGAUGGACACCCCUAUGUCAGAGUGUUAAAGACUGCAGGUGUUAACACCACAGAUAAGGAGAUAGAAGUUCUCUACUUGCCCAAUGUAACAUUUGAAGAUGCUGGGGAGUAUACGUGCUUGGCGGGUAAUUCUAUUGGGAUCUCCUAUCACACUGCUUGGUUGACGGUGCUUCCAGCCCUUGAGAAAACUCCUGAGUCCAUUUCCCCAGACUACGUGGAGAUCGCAAUAUACUGCGCGGGCGUCUUCCUCAUUGCCUGCAUGGUGGGCAUUGUGGUGGUGUGCCGCAUGAGGAACACUGCAAAGAAGCCCGACUUUGGUGGCCAGCCAGCGGUUCACAAACUGACCAAGCAGAUCCCCCUGCGCCGCCAGGUAACAGUCUCAGCAGACUCGAGUUCUUCCAUGAACUCUAGCACGCCUCUGGUGCGCAUCACGACACGGCGGAGCUCUGCACACGAUGAGCCAAUCCCAGAGUACGACCUUCCUGAGGAUCCGCGGUGGGAGUUUUCUAGAGACAGGUUGACCCUGGGCAAACCCCUUGGUGAGGGUUGUUUUGGCCAAGUCGUAAUGGCAGAGGCCCUGGGCAUCGAUAAGGACAAACCCAAGGAGGCUGUAACUGUUGCAGUCAAGAUGCUGAAAGAUGACGCCACCGAGAAAGACCUGUCUGACCUGGUGUCAGAGAUGGAGAUGAUGAAGAUGAUCGGCAAACAUAAGAACAUCAUUAACCUUUUGGGGGCCUGUACACAAGAUGGCCCCCUCUAUGUCAUAGUCGAGUACGCCUCCAAAGGUAACCUCAGGGAGUACCUCCGAGCCCGCCGGCCACCCGGCAUGGAAUACUCCUACGACAUCGCCCGUGUCUCAGACGAACAGCUCACGUUCAAAGAUCUGGUCUCCUGCACUUAUCAGGUGGCGCGGGGCAUGGAGUACCUAGCAUCGCAGAAGUGUAUACACAGAGACCUGGCAGCGAGGAACGUCCUGGUCACAGAGAGCAACAUCAUGAAGAUCGCCGACUUCGGCCUGGCCAGGGAUGUCCACAACAUCGACUACUAUAAAAAGACGACCAAUGGUCGUCUCCCGGUGAAGUGGAUGGCUCCAGAAGCACUCUUCGACCGGGUCUACACACACCAGAGUGAUGUCUGGUCAUUUGGGGUGCUGAUGUGGGAGAUCUUCACCCUAGGGGGCUCACCCUACCCUGGCAUCCCCGUUGAGGAGCUCUUCAAGUUGCUUAAAGAGGGCCAUCGCAUGGACAAGCCCGGAAACUGCACCAACGAGCUGUACAUGAUGAUGAAAGAUUGCUGGCAUGCCAUCUCAUCCCAGAGACCCACCUUCAAGCAGCUAGUAGAGGAUCUGGAUCGCAUCCUAACCCUGAGCACCAAUGAGGAGUAUCUGGACCUGUGUGCCCCAACAGAGCAGUAUUCCCCCAGCUUCCCCGACACUCGGAGCUCCUGCUCCUCCGGCGACGACUCCGUGUUUUCCCACGACCCAUUACCGGACGAGCCCUGCCUCCCCAAGUACCAGCACAUCAACGGGAAUGUCAAAACAUGAGCCCUCAUCCACCCUCGUCCACCUAGUUUGACCUACCCUAAUCCUACCUGUCGGAGUCUUAAAACACGCUCCAAAUUUCCUCCACCCGCCCUCCCCAUCACCUCCUGUGGCUCCCGGUGGACUAAUGGGCCCAGACAGGACUGGGUGGUGGCAGCGCUGCUGUCACACUCUCAUACUGCCAUACGCUCACACUUUAUAUAUAAAUAUAGGACAUGCUCACAUGAGGUCUUAAAGGAGAGGAUAGGGACCUUAAAGAAGCCUUUUUGUACUGACUGAAUGAAGUGAUGUUCCCAAGGGACUCUUCUCCUCUUCCUCUCUUGAUAUAAACAGAGAUUUUUCAUUUUGGUUCUCAUGUUUAUACCCAGAGUGUUUUUUUUUGUCCUUUUUUGCAAUCAACAAUGUUUGGUGGUCCAAUUCCAGUGGCUGGCAUCCCAAGACUGUUGUGUACUCCUGGAAGAAUGUAUGGGUUCAUGUGAACUUGUGGAAAAAAACAAGGGACCAGAAGAGGACGGCAAAUAGGAAAUGGACUAAGAGACAGAGCUGCGACUAACAAAACAGAAGAAUAGGUGGAGAGCAAAUAUAAAAAAAAAAGCAAAACU